GCCUGGUAAAACACGCCGGCAACGGUACGGACGUCGUCGGUGACAGGCAUUGUCGGCGUUGCUAUCUUCUUGUUGUAUUCAUUUAUUUUAUCCAAGCAUGUAUCGCCUCCAGAAUGUCGUAGGGCCUCGUCAGCGGCCCCAUGGCCAAGCCUGCCCGUUCUUGUACGGGCGUGUCAACGCUAGCAGGCGGCAAAGCUUUGCGGUUGGUGGGCUCGGCCGAUGAGGUCAUAACAGGGCGGCCGGCGCCGAAGAGCUAACGCACGCACGCCAAGGAAUCAGGUUCGGAUCGCCAAGAACAGGGCGGGUGCUAGACCGCAGUGCCGAGCAGCCGGGCCCGACUGGACUUGGGAUUUGUUUCCAGGUUUUAGUUUCGUCUGAUUGUCAUUUGAUUUUGGUUGGUUUCUUUUUCUUUUUGACCAUCUCCUUCGUUCAAGGGUGGCCCACUCCAUGGACACAAUAAUACUCCCGGUUGAAAUGGUCUCCCGAAUCCCACACACCUCAACUCCUCGCAAUAUCAGCCCGCCAGCCGCACAACCCGAGAUCCAACCACUUCGGGUUCUCCCCCGCUGACGACCUCGACUGCCGAUCCGAUCUCCCUGACCGAUGUGACCCGCCAAUUCGGGCAUGGCCGCCACCUCUCUAGAGCCGCGCGUUGGGCAAUAUCGACAUUGCCAGACGGGCCACUGAUGAGCGCGGGAUAGAAUGGCAGGAAUCUCGCAUUCAGCCGGCCGCAUAUUAUCAUGCUUAUUUUAAUGGUUACACAACAUGCUCGAUGCUACCGACCCUGCUAUCUCCUGGUCAGCAAAGAUGGACGCCAUAUAAAGCAGAACUGUAACCACAACUCCCCCGCAGCUAGCGUGGCGAUUGGGCCAAACCACCUGUUGACCUCCCAAGAUGCGCGGUCCGAACCUGUGGAAGUGGGCGUGCCUCGCACUUGCCGCCUGUCCCGCGACGGCGGCGCCAACGCCAGGGGGCCACGCCAAGUGCGCAAAAGUGACCAAGCGGAUGCCAUGGCACGCCAUGCCCGACGACGGCAAGCGCGCCUACCUGGCCGCCGAGGUGUGCGUCCUCGGCUCCCCGACCAAGCUGACCGCCGUCCCGGGGGCCAAGACGCGGUGGGACGAGCUCGUGGGCCUGCACCAGGUGCACGCGCUGCAGAUCCACAGCACGGGCACCUUCCUGCCGUACCACCGCUACUUCCUGCACGCGCACGAGGCCCUGCUGCGCGAGUGCGGGUACGACGGCGGGCUGCCGUACUGGGACGAGACGCGGGACGCGGGCCGCUUCAUCGGCUCGCCCGUCUUCCACCCGACCCUCGGCUUCGGCGGCGACGGCAAGGGGGCCCAGAACUGCGUGGCUGACGGGCCCUUUGCAAACGCCACCGUCAGCAUCGGCCCGGGGUUUACCUCGCAGCCGCGCUGCGUCAACCGCAAGGUCACGAGCUUCCUGAGCGCGGGCUGCGGCGCCGCCCAGGUGGCGGCGGCCAUCAGCCCCGACACGUACGACGACAUGUGGGUGCGCGUGUACAACGGGCCGCACCUGACGGGGCAUAUAGCCCUUGCCAUGAUGAACGGAGACUCCAUCACGUCCCCCGGCGACCCACUGUUCAUGCUGCACCACGGCUUCGUCGACAAGAUGUGGUGGGACUGGCAGGCCAAGAAUCUCACGGCCCGCCUGACGGCCAUGGGCGGGCCCAAUGCCCAGGACCCAAACACCGGCUUCCUCGAGUUCCCGGGAGGCAUCGAGGAGGAGUCCAAAAUGUGGGGGAAGCCGACGGCCGAGAUGCUGGCCGUGACGCCCGACCCCGCGAGGGGCGACCCUGCCAACAUCACGACCCUGUCUCACAUCAUGACGUCGCUCGGCAUCAUUCCCGACGCGACCGUGGCCGAUGUCAUGGACAUUCAGGGGGGCUAUCUGUGCUACGAGUAUGUGUGAGGACACACUACGUGUUACAUUAGCCUCUGUAUCACAGGUCUGUGCCAGGUUGGGAAAUUGUUUCUCAGUUAUUCCGGUACUAUAAAGCCUAUAAGGCAGCAGGUACAUAGCUCUCAGGACACUAGACAAUGCUAUCCAAGUCACUGGAGCUACUUUGACUGUUGAAACCAAUACCAUCAGCAAUACCACAUCUGCACCGACUCGUGUAUGCGCACACCUCUUGCACCGUCUAUAGCCAAGAAUCAGAGAAAAGGAAGACGAGAACAGCAGAAGCAAAACGUUUACAGCUCGCCCAUGCUGUCAACAUCGGCAGCCUCGAGCUUGGCAAAGUCGGUCGAGGCCAGCUCAUAGACAAAGGCCAGCGUCAUGCGGGCGUGCUGCAGCAUGUGGUCGAAGCUAAGGUACU